AUGGAACUCAACCGAGAACAUUUUCGCGCCAUAAUUUAUUACAACUUUCAGAGACAAUUAUCGCACCAAGAAUGCCUCGCUGAGUUACUGUCUGUUUUCGGCAACGAAGCGCCACAUCUGUCGACAAUUUCCCGUAGACGGAUGAGUCUUAGCGACGAUCCCAGGGUGGAUAGACAUGUGACAUAUCGCGAGAUUGAGGGGUCCUUGAAGAUCCCAAAGACCUCAAUUCAAAAAAUGUUGCACGAAGAAUUAGGAGUAAGAAAAUUAGUUUCUCGUUGGAUACCCCACCUGUUGACUGAAGAGCAGAAAGCAGCCGGGGUUGAUUGCAUUGUUAGUGGUGAUGAAUCGUGGAUUUACUGUUAUGAACCAGAAAAUAAACGACAGUCGGCUGUUUGGGUGAUCCAAGGUGAAGAAAAGCCAACAAAAGUCAUCCGUUCUCGAAGUGUUUCGAAAAAGAUGUUCGCGACAUUUGUGUCAAAAGCGGGUCAUAUUGCAACAAUUCCUCUUAAUGAGCAAAGAACUGUUACUGCGGAUUGGUAUACCACCAUUUGUUUGCCAAAAGUCAUCACCGAGCUUCGAAAAAUCAACCCCGAAAGAAGAAUCAUCCUCCACCAAGACAAUGCAAGGUCGCACACAGCCCAAAAAACAAGGCACUAUUUAACGGAAGAAAACGUGGAAUUAUUGGACCAUCCUCCAUAUAGUCCCGAUCUAAGUCCUAACGAUUUCUUUACUUUUCCGAAAAUUAAAAACAGGCUGCGUGGUCAAAGGUUCCAGUCACCAGAAGAAGCAGUUGACGCAUUCAAAAAUGGCAUUUUGGAUCUGCCAGCAAACGAGUGGAAUAAGUGCUUCGACAAUUGA